ACUGAGGCAACAUGGCCACGUGCUGGAAGUGUUUACAUAUUUCGUAACAUCAUAUAAAAAAAAAUAAGUGAAUAAUUAUAAAAUCCCAAUACGGAAGACGACCGUGGUAACUUGAAGUAAUUAUCGGUACUCUACUCUGACGUAGUGACGUAAAUACGUGCGAUGUAGACGUGGCAUUAAACAAGUUUCCAGUCUAAUGUAAUCUAGUGUCUAGUAUAACAUUCAGUAGUCAGUCAGUCGAAAAAAUAAUAAUGACCUCGUGUCCAGCCCCGUCGUCUUCCGUGUCAACAGUCAGGCCUAGAUGCAGUUGUCAAAGUCGCAACAAUAUUGACGACGGCUGUUUCUCGACAGUACCAGGUGGUGUUGGUGCCACUGGAUGUGUUAUUAAAAAUUAUCAACCUCAUGGAAACCUUGCUCGCAUUUUAUGGGAAAAACAAAAAGCCGAUGAGCGACUGCGCGCAUAUGACAAAACUCGGUGGUACAGAGUUGACAAAUCAAAAAUACGAGAAGAUAUUUUGAAACUUUGGAUACCAUUAGGAGUUGGAGAACGUAAAGAUGAACCGGAUAAAAGCGCCCAAGAUUUUUUGGCCCGAUCUGCUGAUAAAUCCGACUCACUUUUCCUACAAGUUUGGCACUCACUAGCAACAUCUGCCUUGUCUUGGUUCAUAUCUAGGACUUCAAUAAAUGGAUUAUUGGGGCGCGGUUCAAUGCAUGUAUUUUCAACUGAACAGUUUCUGCAACUGAUGGACACAAGUGACUUCAGAGGACCUUGGGACAGCGUUGUUGAUCUUGGCGCUGGAGACGGUGCUACUACUGCCCACGUUGCACAUCUUUUCAAAAAAGUCUACGCGACUGACGUUUCUGCACCAAUGAGAUGGGCCCUAGCUAGGCGCAAAUUCACAGUGCUGGAUGUCAGCGACUGGGACAAGACCGGGCCAUUCAACGUAAUCCUCUGCCUAAACCUACUGGAUCGUUGCGACAGGCCUAACACUCUAUUGAGACAAUUAAGAGCUACACUAGCGCCAGGUGGACGCCUCGUGGUGGCGCUAGUUCUGCCUUUCAGCCCGUACGUCGAAACUGGAGAACGCGGGGACCACAAGCCUAUGGAAUAUUUGCCUAUAAAAGGAUUCGGUCUAGAAGGUCAAGUUGCUGGUCUUAUUGACCGCGUUUUUGAACCCGCUGGCCUAAAAUGUUUAGCUUGGAGUAAGCUUCCUUACCUUUGCGAAGGAGACCUAAGACAGGCAUUUUGUUUUUUGGAAGACGUUAUUUUUAUACUUAAAGCUGAGGAAGAAAAUAAACAACGAGUACAAGAGUCAAUAAAUGAAGAAAAACAAUAAACCAUAUCAAUAAUCAGGAUUGAUAAUAAUUAUAAAUAAAACCAGCUGGAGACCGGAAAAUGAGGCGGUGGAAGAAAACUCCUUAGUGACUGCACUAGCUGAAUUGUGUCGACAAGCGCUGAUGGAAAAAAAAUCAUAAUUAAUUACAAUUACCUUACUAAUUAAUUAAGUCUUAAUUCCGGUGUACCGUCAACUGAUCCCUACAAAUUGAUCCCAUCGACAUACGGUUUAAAAUUAUAAAAAUAAAAAUUUUGAAGAUGAUGAUAAUGAAAGUUAUGAUGAUCUUGAUGAAACUGAUGAAUUAGAAGAUCAGUUGUAAGUUGGAUCUAGUAUGAGGGAUCAGUUGUCUGUGGGAUCGAUUGCCGUGUGAUCACUUGUCGGGGAUCAGUUGUCAUGGAGCCCUUAAUUACCGAUCAUUAUAACACUGCGAUAGUAUAAAAAAGUUACGUCCGCACCUUAACGAAUUUAAAACGGCCCGUUAAUUGUUAACCCCUACCUUCAUAUGUAUUUUACAUUAUAAUUUAUAAAAUCAAAUCUAACAUUUACUUUAACAACAGACUGAUAUUUUAAAAUCAACGAAUCAAUUAUUAUUAUUUUAAAUUAGUAUUAGUAUUAGUAUCAAUAUUGUUGUAAUUAAUCAUGGAUAUUUUAAAAAUUUAUAUAUGAUAAUUAAUAUUACAUUAAUUAACUGUUGAUUAUUUAAAU